AUGGCGACAUUGAACAAUCACGGUUCCGACGCGUCUCAGUCGAGUGAAUUCGAACAACGACGCGCCGCUCUGGUCGGUGACAUCGGCGAGUCACUUGAGCAAGUCCUCACGCACAUCAAUGCUUUGAAUCGGAGUCUGGAAGGAAUCAUUGAGAUCGGGAAUGAGUUCGCUUCCGUUGAAGCGUUAUGGAGUCAAUUUGAGACGGUGAUGGGAAGAGAAAAUGAGACAGGCCAGGAUGUAACCGGUCAUGACGCCGAAGGUGAAGUGAAGACCGAGCCGCGAGAGGACACGAGAUGA